AUGGCAGUGGCUGCCAAUUUCCGUCACCCCAACCCAAUCAUCGUCAUCUCUUCAGCAACCCAUUCAAAUCACGAUGUGAAGAAAUGGAGAACCUUAUACUCGUUGGUAAGCGGACUGAAGCCAAAGCUAUACCCAGCAAUUGCAUUCCUCUUGGAUAGUGGCACCACUCUGAAGAUCCUCCCACCUCAAAUAUACUUGGAUGGUCGUCAGCCUGCCAACUAG